UUCUCAUUUACCUCAUUAAUAGUUUUACGAAUGGAAAAAAUAUGCAGUGGGACUAUGACACAUUUAACACUUUUUAAUGUUAAAACAGAUCUACAUUUCUAAGGCGAUCGACCCUAAAGGAAACGGUUCCACAUGUGUUUCGAGAGGACCAUUAUCGUUCACGGACAAAACGUCGAAGCUUCAAAUUUCCAAACCAAAGGAUUUCAAACUUGAAUCAAACAUAUCAUCACGACAUGGGAGAGCAGCCAGUGAGGGUCUUGGCUUGUGGGGACGUUGAAGGCAGAUUGAACUCUCUGUUCAGUCGAGUUCAGGCCAUCCAGAAGAAAACCGGGCAGUUUGAUCUGCUGCUGUGUGUGGGAGAGUUCUUUGGAGCAACAGCUGAAGCAGAAGCAGAGUGGCAGCAGUACAAAACUGGAGCCAAGAAAGCUCCCAUCCACACUUACAUCUUGGGGGCAACCAGUCAAGAGACGGCGAAGAGGUUUCCUAACUCUGAUGGCUGUGAGCUGGCCGAAAACAUCACGUAUCUCGGUCGCCGAGGUGUGUUUACGGGGGUUUCUGGGCUGCAGAUCGCCUAUGUGAGCGGUCAGGAAGCCCAGCAGGAACCGGCGCCGGCUCAUUGUUUCACGUCCAAAGAUCUGACGUCCCUCGUGGCUCCACUUACCAGCAGCUCCAAGUUCAGAGGCGUCGACAUCCUGCUGACGUCACAGUGGCCUAGAGGGGUGUGGCAGUAUGGCAACAACCCGGAAGUAAACACCAAGUCAUGUGGAAGCGCCUCCAUCGCCAGCCUUGCAGUCAAACUGAAACCGCGAUAUCACUUCGCUGCACUAGAGGGCGCUCACUACGAAAGACUCCCGUACAGAAAUCACGUCAUUCUUCAGGAAAAUGCUCAGCAUGUCAGCCGCUUCAUCGCCCUGGCAACCGUCAACAACCCCGCCAAGAAGAAGUAUCUGUAUGCCUUCAACAUCAUCCCCAUGAAGACCAUGGAUCCGGCGGAGCUGGUGAAGCAGCCGCGGGACGUGACAGAAAACCCCUACAGACGUUUGACGAAAGACAAGACAGAAGCACAACCGACGGCUUUCACGGAGCCGGAGGAGCCGGUCAACCAGUUCUUCUUCGACCUGAGCCAGCAGCAGGGCGGGGGCCACCGCGGCAGGAAGCGCCAGUCCGACGGGGACCGGCGGGGCCGAGACCAGCAGCGUGACGGCGACCAGCGCCAGCACAAACAGCCUCGCCACCACCCACAGCCGCCCGGACCCUGCUGGUUCUGUCUGGCCAGUCCGCAGGUGGAGAAACAGCUCGUCCUCAGCAUAGGAACACACUGUUACCUGGCUCUGGCUAAGGGGGGUCUGACUUCUCGCCACGUGCUGAUCCUGCCCAUCGGCCACUACCAGUCCGUGGUGGAGCUGGGCUCCGAGGUGGUGGAGGAGAUGGAGAAGUACAAGUCUGCCCUCAAGGCCUUCUACAAGAGCAAAGGAGAACGCUGCGUGCUGUUUGAGAGGAACUACAGGAGCCAGCAUCUGCAGCUGCAGGUCGUUCCUGUCCCGCUGGACCGUUGCACCACCGAGGAUGUCAAAGAGGCGUUCAUGGUCCAGGCUCAGGAGCAGCAGAUGGAGCUGAUGGAGAUCCCUCAACACACAGACCUCAAACAGAUCGCUCCUCCAGGAACCCCAUACUUCUAUGUGGAGCUGGACACGGGGGAGAAGCUUUUCUACCGGAUCCAGAAACACUUUCCUCUGCAGUUUGGAAGGGAGGUGCUCGCCAGCGAGGCCGUCCUGAACAUCCCGACUCGAGCCGACUGGAAGGAAUGCAAACAGACCAGAGAGGAAGAGGAGGAGACCUGCAAAGAACUGAGAGCUGGUUUCCAGCCAUACGACUUCGCCUUUGACGAAUAGGACUCACUUGUUUAAGUAUCUACGAGUACCGUAGUUGACAAAGCGCUUUGGGAGGACUUUCUGUCCCAUGUGAUUCAGAUCCUUGAUUUAGUUUGAUUUGAAGAGCCAAAUUUCUGCAGCUCCCAGAGAAACUCCUUCAUUAUAAAAGAUUCAAGGUCCUUUUUCAGACUUGUAAAGGAGCAGCUCAGUAUUUUUGUAUUGGAGACUCCCUUGUUUAAACCACAAUGAUAUUUGUUUUGUACUUUUAUGAAAACACAUUACAAGUAAAAGACCACCUCAACUUAGGUAUUGAAGGGUCUUUUUAUACAACUGGGUCCAGAUUUAGUUUAAGCCUGGUACAAGUGUCGCCUUCACCAGAAAGGAGGUGCAAAUAAAUAAAACUUUUGUAAAUCUGUUUUUAAAAGUGUCAAAUUGUCAUUAAAUUGAAAAAAUACAUAAUUUUCUGGCAAAUGGCUGUGCGUUAUGUACAAACUCAGACUAAGGUUCUGUUUUAACCACCUUGCACAUCUGUUUAUUGGUGUUUUCUUUACAUGAUUAAA